AUGAAGACAAUUGUAUUUUCUGAAUUAAUGUACUAUUUUCANGCUAUUCGUAGUUCCAUUAAUUCAAAGGAUAAAUUUAUCUUGACCAUCCUCAACAGUAUUCCCAAGCUUGCUCUUACCAGAGGUGUUUACACAGAAGAAGCUCUGAAAGAACGCUUCAGGCAAGUGGACAGGAUUUGCCGCAGAGUAGCCUUAAUUGAUGACGAUCACCGUAGUCUAUAUCAUUAUUUCCUUUCUUAUUUUCAAUCAUUUUUAAUAAUACACAAAAAAAUACCUAAUGACGAGUUAAUGAAUAAGAGUGCAGUGGACCCUGACAAAUGGGAUACAUUUGAUAUUUUGCAACGUAUUGACCAAAGUAUUAUUUUGGAAGAUCUUCAACAGGCACUCAGAUAUGCCAAUCAGUUAACGGGAGAACCAAAAAAUGUAGCAAAGAGUUGGAUUAAUGAGGUAAUUUUACUUUUGGAAACAAAACAGGCCAUAAAUGCACUAUUAGCCCAUGCUGCUGCCAUUAGCAUUCAAUCUUAUAGUUAAAAAGGAAUUUAGUCUUUAAAUUGUAAUAAUUUAAUCCUGAAGAUUGAUGAUAGUUGAAAGGAAAAGUACUUUGUAAAAUAUACUAUAUAUUUUUUUUUUC